AUGAGUUAUCCGGUCACUUCCAGUUCGAGCUCCGGCUCGGCUCACUGGGGCAUCAGCCUCUCGAACACAGUGCACUCGGAAGUCGCUCCAUGCUUGCCUUUGCCUUCGCUUCCGGUGUUCUGCGGCGCAUCUGAUCAGGACCUACGGCUGUUCGACGGGCCGAGUCGAAACAGUGUGUGGUUGAAUCACCCUGAGGCAGCUCUUUCCAGUAGGAUUGCUGAUCUGCUUCGAGAAACUGACGUCUCUUACUUGAACCUUCGAGAGGAUUCUAGCUUAGUUCCAUAUGGUUAUAUCGAACCUUUAAAACUUCAUGAUGAAGUUCUUCAGUACAAUCCAGAAGCAUUUGAGUACAAUAGUCCAGGUCCUAUUAAGGGGCAAUUGCCUGGCAGUAGUACAGUACCUGACAAGAAGCCCUUCAAGCCCAGUGUACCAAUAACCAGACUUGUCCAAAGAGACUAUGGUGCAACUAACAAUAAUCAGCUCAAUGAUAUUCCUCCUAAUGACAUAUCUACACCAUCUUCUAGAAAACCAAAAGCCAAGAAAAAAGAUACUGAUGUCGUUAUGUCAUCAGUCGGACCAGAUCAGACUGCAAUUCAAGACGCCAUCAUUGGACGCUUUUGUGAGUUGGUGGAGGAUUUCUGUGGUAGAGCUGAAAUUUUCAGUGAUGAUCGGGAAGAAGCUGAGUGGUUAUCUAUUCCUCUUUCUGAUCUUAGAGUGCUUGCAAAUGAAAUAAUGUCUCUUCGAGCAAAGAGGCUUCUACAUUUGGUCCCUGUAGAUUCUUUUGUUAGAUUGUUAAGGAUUUUAGAUCAUCAGAUACAUCGAGCUGAAGGCUUGUCUAUAAGUGAAUGUGAGCAGUCAAAUUCAGAUGUGAUUUCAUCAAUAAAUUGUGCACUAGAGUCCAUUCAUGCAGCUUUAGCAGUAAUGGCUCAUAACCAGAUGCCAAAACAACUAUAUAAAGAAGAGAUCAUUGAAAGAAUUCUGGAGUUUUCUAGGCAUCAGAUAAUGGAUGUUAUGUGUGCUUAUGAUCCAUCUUAUCGUGCUUUGCAUAGGCCAAGUCAAAAUGGGUCCCUUGAAGUUGAGGAAGAUGAAGACCCUGAUGCUGAAAUUGGUUCAGCAAUCAAGAAACGACGCAGCAUCAAGACCGUUAAAGUGCAUAAAUCGUCAUUUAACAGGGUCUCUGCUGCUGUGAAUAAUAUUCUUCAGAAAAUGUGCACCAUUCUUGGUUUACUCAAGGAUUUGUUGUUAAUAGAAAGGUUGUCAGAUGGUUGCAUCUUACAGCUAGUGAAAACAAGCUUUACAACAUUCAUGGUGGAUAAUAUCCAGCUCUUGCAACUGAAGGCAAUGGGUUUAAUCAGUGGGAUAUUCUAUUCAUACACUCAGCAUCGGACUUAUGUGAUAGAUGAAUUAAUUCAGCUGCUUUGGAAGUUACCGUUCUCGAAGCGAGCUUUGAGAGCCUAUCACCUACCUGAUGAAGAGCAAAGGCAGAUUCAAAUGAUCACUGCUCUGCUGAUUCAGUUGGUUCACUAUAGUGCAAACCUUCCUGAACCGUUAAGGCAGGAAUCAAGUGGUAAUUCCAUCUUAGAACUUUCUCUUGAUGCCGAUUAUCCAACUAAAGGCCAUGAGGCAGCAACAGAGGCGUGUUGCCACUUUUGGACUCGUGUACUUCAGCGUUUUGCUAGUGCGAAGACUCAGGAAGCUUCAGAGUUGAAAGUAAUGAUGGAGAAUCUUGUUACUGAUCUGCUGACAACGUUGAAUUUACCUGAAUAUCCCGCUUCAGCUCCUAUUCUGGAGGUUCUUUGUGUCUUGUUACUCCAGAAUGCCGGGCUGAAAUCUAAAGACAUAGGUGCACGUACCAUGGCGAUUGACCUUCUUGGCACAAUUGCUGCGAGGUUGAAGCGUGAUUCUGCCCUUUGCAUUAAGGACAAAUUUUGGAUACUACAGGAGUUGGUUGUCAGAGAAUGUUUCAUGCUGAUUGCAUGGGAGUAA